UGAAGGGUCGCCGUGACAUGUCUCCUAAAUCCACAUGUCCGAACAGAGCCGGUCGGCCCGAUGCGCUCUAAAGCCCCUCUAAAUUCUCAAAGCCAACACCGUGCCCAAUCAACAAACGAGCAGAAAAAUGUCCUUCUCCUUCUCUAUCUCCGAACCUCUUGCCUUCCCUCAACAACCCCUAUUCUCUAGUCUUCGUGGGAACAAAAGGGCAAGUGGGAUAUGGAGAAACCAUCAAGUAGUGAAUAAAUUAGUGGUAAGAGCAGGUCCAAAGAAGAUAUCUUUUGGUAAAGAUUGUAGAGAAGCCUUGCAGGCAGGAAUUGAUAAGCUUGCUGAUGCUGUUUCUCUCACUUUAGGACCUAAAGGGCGUAAUGUUGUUCUUUCGGAUUCAAAGACGCUAAAAGUAGUAAAUGAUGGUGUUACAAUAGCUCGUGCUAUAGAGCUUCCGGAUUCAAUGGAGAAUAUUGGAGCAAUUUUAAUCCAAGAGGUUGCUAGUAAAAUGAAUGAUAUGGCUGGAGAUGGCACUACUACUGCUAUUAUUUUGGCUCGUGAAAUGAUCAAAACAGGGAUGUUGGCAGUCAGUUUUGGGGCUAACCCUGUUUUUGUAAAGAAAGGAAUGGAUAUGGCUGUCAAAGAGUUGGUCAAAGUGUUGAAGAAGAAUAGUUUUUCAGUAAAAGGGAAGGAUGAUAUAAAAGCGGUCGCUUCAAUUUCUGCUGGAAAUGAUGAAUUUGUUGGGAACCUAAUUGCUGAAACUAUAGAGAAGAUUGGCUCUGAUGGAGUAAUCUCUCUUGAAUCAUCUUCAACCUCUGAUACAUAUGUGAUAAUAGAAGAAGGAAUGAAGUUUGACAAGGGUUAUAUGUCACCCCAAUUCAUCACAAACCAGGAAAAAUCUUUGGUGGAGUUUGACAAGGCCAAAGUCCUUGUAACGGAUCAGAAGAUUGCAAAUGUCCAAGAAAUAGUUCCUGUGUUGGAGAAGACUACCCAGCUCAGUGUCCCAUUGUUAAUCAUUGCUGAGGAUAUCUCAAAGCUGGUUUUAGAAACACUAGUGGUGAACAAAAUGAAAGGUUUGCUCAAUGUUGCUGUUGUCAAAUGCCCUGGAUUUGGAGAUCGAAAGAAAGCAUUGUUGCAAGACAUUGCUCUUAUGACAGGUGCUGAUUUUCUCUCUGGUGAUUUUGGGCUGACACUUGGAAGUGUAACCUCGGAUCAACUUGGCAUUGCACGAAAAGUUACCAUAACAAGUAAUUCAACAACCAUAGUUGCUGACUCAGCUACCAAAGCUGAAAUUCAGGCAAGAAUUCUUCAGAUAAAAAAGGACCUCGCUGAAACAGAUAAUGCUGCCCUUUCAAGAAAGCUCUCAGAGAGAAUUGCUAAAUUAUCUGGUGGUGUGGCUGUAAUCAAGGUAGGAGCACACACGGAGACAGAACUUGAAGAUAGGAAACUCAGAAUUGAAGAUGCAAAGAAUGCUACAUUUGCUGCCAUGGAUGAAGGGAUAGUACCUGGUGGUGGUGCAACAUAUGUACAUCUCUCGGAGCAGAUCUCCUCAAUAAAAAAUUCCAUGAAAGAUGAAAAUGAGAAGAUUGGUGCUGAUAUUGUUGGAAAGGCACUUCUUGCACCUGCAAAAACAAUUGCAACUAAUGCAGGGGUUGAUGGAGCAGUUGUGGUGGAGAAUAUUCGAUCUUGUGACUGGAGAACUGGUUACAAUGCAAUGACUGGUAGAUAUGAAGAUCUUCUCAAUGCAGGGGUGGUAGAUCCUUGUAGGGUUUCUAGAUGUGCACUUCAAAGUGCUGUCUCAAUUGCUGGGAUAGUUCUAACAACUCAAGCUGUGCUGGUUGAAAAAAUAAAGAAGCCCAAGCCCGCUGUCCCUUAUGUUCCUGGAAUUACACCUUGAGAAAAAUGGAAAAGAGCUGUUAAAAUUGUAGAAAGAAGCUGAAUAAAUUUUAUUGCUAUGAUGGCUCACAUCAACAGUUUUGAGUUGGCUGGUCAGAAUGAAACUUGAAGGUGAAGCAAGUCUCUUCAACAAGCCUUUACAACUUCUGGGAUCCCCAGGUGGAUAAUGCUUGAGACCACGAAAGCAUCAAAUGCCAUAACGAAAGACUUUGCAUUUGUCUGGAAAUGCUUGGUUCUCCCUGCUGAUACAUCGACGACUAUUCCCCUAAAUUUUGUGUUUGGUCUCUGUUAUAUUUGAUUUUCCGGCUGGUUUCCUGUCAAGAAACUCACUACUAUUCAAGUAACUCAGCAAGUAGCCAUAAAGGAAGAGUAAUCCCCAUAACCAGAUGCCCUCUUUAAAAUCUUCAAUUGAAGUUAGUCACUGACACAAUUUAAGCAGAAAAUCACCUUUAUUUUAUCAAUUAUAUUUUCCCUUGACUGCUAUAUGAUUCAUCUGUCAAUUUUAUUUGAACGAGGUUUUGGUCC